AUGGAAAAAAAGAAUAGCAGCAUGUCUGAUUACUUAAACUUCUUAACAAUUGCUGUUCAUUUAUCGAAAAAAUAUAAUUUAAAAUUUCAAAAGAAAUUAUAUCAAGAUCUUUUAGAUAAUUAUUUUUAUAAAAAAAAACAUAAGAUAAUAAAUAACGUAUUUAUUAAUGAGCCUUAUUUAAACUAUGGUGAUUUAAAUGAGUUAUACAAAUAUACAAAGGCCAAAUGUAAUGAAAGUAAUUGUGAUAAUAUAAUUAAAUAUGGAUAUGUUUACUCGUGUUAUAAGCUAAAAAAAGAAAAGAGAAAAGACAUAGUUUUAAUGAUCCUAGAUGAUGAUUUUCUAAAAUAUAGUUGCAAUUCUAAUAUAAAUAAUAAUUAUGAUGAUAGGUAUAAAUAUUAUGAACAAAAAGAUAUAAAAGUUUAUGAAAAUAACUUUUAUAAUGUAAAAUGUAUGCCGGGGUAUAGUAUAGGAUAUUAUUUACUCGGUAAAAUAUAUGAAAAGGAGUUAAAGGAAGAAUGGUUUGAUGAAAGAAGAAAAAAAUUAUUAAUAGAUAUAUCAUUUUAUUGUUAUUAUUUAUGUUUUAAAUCAUGCCCAUUUUUAAUAUGUUCACUUCGAAAGUUAUUAAUAUUGCAUGGGAAGUUUUAUUGUAAUAAUAUGUAUAUAGAAGAGGUAAAAAAAGUUUCAAAAUUUUAUAAUUUUGAAAUAGACAUAUAUAAAAAAUGGAAAAAUCGAUCAUUAAAUCAUAAUAAGGAUGGCGAAGAGGAUAUGAAAGAAAAUUUUGACAGUAGUAUUAUAGAACUUAUUGAUUUAAAACAAAUAAAUGUUAUAAAUAUAAAAAAUGGUGAUUCUAUAUUAUCAUUGAUUGAAGAAGAAAACAUAAAUAGGUAUUUCUUAGAAUGGACAAAUAGUUUUAAAGAUCAUGUAAACGAAAAUAUUUGUAAAGUAAAUAAUAUUAUUUCUAAAAUUGGUAUCAACGAUUUAGCAGUAAUAGGAAAGUUUUAUUUUCAUUUUUAUAUAAAUAAUUUUAAAAGGUGUUUAAUGAUAUUAGAAGAAUGGGAAAAUGAACCAGUUUUUAGUAUAUGCAUUUUUUAUAUAAAAGGUUUAUGCUAUUUUUUGCUUCGGAAUUAUGAAAAAUCUAUAGUUUUUUUCGAAGUUAUUCAAGAUAUAGACUGCUAUUUUACAAAGCAUUUACCAUUUUUAUCAACAUGUUAUUGGCACAAAAAGGAUAUCGAAAAAAUAGAAUAUAUUUUAACAGAAUAUCCAAAGAAAGAACUAAAUGAACAUUUUCUUUGUGUUAUAGGAAAUUAUUUUUCUUUAAAAAAUAAGAAAGAAAUUGCCGCGAGUUUUUUUCGAAAAGCAAUACAAUUAAAUAUAUAUUAUGAAUACUCAUAUAUUCUUUAUUCUUGUGAAACUAAAUAUUUAGGGGAAACCCAAAAGUCAGCUUUAGCUUUGGCAAAAUGUCUUAAAAUAAAUCCAUGUAACUUUAAAGCGCAUUUAUUAUUAAGUAUUAUAUUAUUUGAAGAACGAAGCUUUGAAUUGUGUAAUUUUCAUUUAAGCUUAUGUCUAAAACUAAACAAUACCGAUGGACUGAUAUGCUUAUAUUUAGCUUCAAUAUAUAAUUACAAUGGAAAAUAUGAAAGCGCAUUACUUUGUUUAAAGCAUGCAGAAGAAAACAUUUAUAAUAAAAUUGAGCUAUUCAUAAUGCAAGGUAUAAUAUUUUUAAAAAUAAAGAGAAAUGUAGACGCAUUGAAUAGUUUUUUAAAAGCUCAAAAAAUAAAUCCCAAAUGUAAUUAUAUAAACACACUUGUAGCAUUUACAUUGGUUCUAGAAAACAAGUUCGAAACCGCAAAAAAAAUAAUAAAAGAAAUAAUCCUUGAAAAUUCACAGGAUGCCAACAAAAAUAUGUUGAAAUAUAUUUAUAAAUGCUGUGAUUUAAAAGCUGCUUCCUCGAAUUGCGUGUUAAAUAAAAUCGAGCAUUUUCUUAUGGACAGAAAAUUUCGAGAAAUAUAUACUUUUGAGAAUUCAUUAUUAGAAUAA